AUACAUUUUCUCAGAAACGUUUUCUUCGAGUUAUCGAUAGACUUUUAUCUGAGACCAUACAAAUCGCCUUUAAUUACAAUGAUUCGGUUAAUUAUGAAUAUUGUAUGUGCGUAAUUACAUUAUAUCAGCUGGUUUAAGUUUGCGUAAGAAUGUACAGAUAACGUUUGUGUGACCCUGUGUAUAAUGCGUUUGGUGGUUGUGUCGGUAAUUGCAAAUACGAUAAAGAAAUGUUGUUUGCAUAAAGUCGAAAAUAGUGCCUAUAGAAAUCUAUUAAAAUUCGGUGCUUGUAACCACUUGCAGUUUAUUCGCGCAUCCUCUUCCUCCACGGUUAAAGUGCCGAAUCAUUUAACAGAAAACAGCAAAGGACGUCGAAACAUUAUGGAAAAAUUGCAAUACCCCGAAGCGUAUCGGGAUGAAACCGUAGUCGAUAAUUAUCAUGGAGUCGAGGUACCAGAUCCUUAUAGAUGGCUAGAAGAUCCAGAUUCUGAAAAAACCAAAGCAUUUGUUGAUGCCCAAAAUGCUGUUACUAAACCAUAUUUGGAAUCGUGUAAUGCACGUGAAGAUAUUUAUAAUCGGUUGACACAGUUAUUCAAUUUCCCAAAAUACUCAUGUCCUAGCAGACAUGGCGAUAAAUACUAUUUCUAUAAAAAUACGGGUUUACAAAACCAAAGCGAUUUAUAUGUACAAGAUACAUUAGACAGUGAACCAAGAAUAUUUUUUGAUGUAAAUAAAUUAUCAGAAGAUGGUACUGUUACAAUUUCUAUUAGUAAAUUUAGUGAAGACGGUAGUAUAUUUGCAUAUGGAUUAUCUAGUAGUGGAUCUGAUUGGUGUACAAUUCAUUUUAUGGAUACGAAAACUGGUGAAAAAUAUCCAGAAGUUUUAGAAAAGGUCAAAUUUUCUGAGAUAGAAUGGACUCUUGAUAAUAAAGGCAUAUUUUAUAGUUGUUAUCCAGAACAGCAAGGUAAAACUGAUGGUUCCGAAACGGAAGGCAAUAAAAACCAAAAGUUAUGCUAUCAUUUUGUUGGAACACCACAGUCAGAAGAUGCUAUUGUAGUUGAAUUUCCUGAAGAACCUUUAUGGAGGAUUGGUGCAGAAGUUUCCCAUUGUGGAAAGUGGCUAAUUGUUACACCCGUGAAGAAUUGUAGGCUUAAUUUAUUGUAUAUUGCAGAAUUGAAACCAGAUAUGAAAUUUAAAGAAAAAUUGCAAUUAACUCAAGUCAUUCAUAAAUUUGAAGCCGAUUAUGAAUAUGUAACAAAUGAGGGGUCUAAGGCUAUAUUCCGCACUAACAAAGGUGCACCAAACUAUAGACUAGUAAUUAUAGAUUUACUGGAUUAUGCGGAAGAUAAGUGGGUCGACCUUUUAUCGGAACAUUCGCAUAAUGUAUUAGAUGCUGUCUGUGCGGUAGACCAGGAUAAAUUUGUCGCUUGUUACAUUGAAGAUGUUAAGAAUAUUCUGCAACUACAUAGUUUAAAAACAGGUGAAAAAUUGAGAACAUUUCCGCUUGAACUAGGCAAAGUAAUCAAUUUUACAGGAGACAAAAAAUAUUCGGAAAUAUUUUACCAAUUUACAUCCUUUUUGAUUCCUGGUAUUAUAUACAAAGUUGAUCUUAAAACUGACGAAGAACCACAGGUGUUACGGGAGAUUAAAGUAAAAAACUUUGAUAUAAGCUUGUAUAAGACUAGUCAAAUAUUUUAUACUAGUAAUGAUGGUACAAAAAUUCCAAUGUUCUUAGUAAUGAAAAAGGAUGCAGUUUUGGAUGGCACUAUGCCAGCAUUAUUGUAUGGUUAUGGAGGUUUUAAUAUAAGCAUUCAACCUACAUUUAGUAUCACAAAGCUAGUUUUUGUGCAACACUUGAAUGGAGUAUUAGCAGUCGCAAAUAUUCGUGGAGGCGGCGAAUAUGGAACAAAAUGGCAUAACGGCGGGAGGCUCCUUAAGAAACAAAACGUGUUUGACGAUUUUCUAGCUGCUGCUAAUUAUUUAAUUGAUAAUGACUAUACAACACCAUCAAAGUUAAGCAUUUUAGGUGGCAGUAAUGGGGGAUUGUUAGUUGCUGCGUGUGCAAAUCAAAAACCUAAUCUAUUUGGUGCUGUAAUUGCUCAAGUUGGGGUAAUGGAUAUGUUACGUUUUCAUAAAUUUACGAUUGGUUCUGCUUGGGUAUCUGAUUACGGUAGUUCAGAUAAAGCUAAAGACUUCGAGAACCUUAUAAAAUACUCCCCUUUACAUAACGUAAGGGUUCCAGAGAAUGGACAAUAUCCAGCAACAUUACUAUGGACUGCAGAUCACGAUGAUCGCGUGGUACCAUUGCAUAGUCUUAAGUUUAUCGCAACCCUACAGCAUACGCUGGGGAAUUUACCGCAACAAACUAAUCCCUUGCUUAUUAGAAUAGAUACCAACUCCGGGCAUGGCAGUGGGAAACCAGUUACGAAGAUGAUUGAUGAAAGUACAGACAUUUUAGUAUUUAUAGUGAAGACAUUGAAUAUUGAAUUUAAAUUGUAAAACACUAUCAAGAAUAUUAAAAUUUUUAUAUUUUAUACUACGAAUAAGUAUCGUAACACAUUCGAAAAUAUUCUGCGAAAUAUUGUUUCAGAAUAUUCCAGCAUGCUUUAUCGCAAAUUAUUUUGUGAAGAAAAUUUCUGUUUCUGAAAAAUAAAAUGUCUCAUGCAAUUUAC